CAGCGUAAAUACUCGCUUCUCGGACCGGUUGCGUUCACCGUGCUCGCUCCGCGCGUCCGAACUGUCAAAGUAGAUUCAUCCAGGAGCGUCCUAAAGCGACAGGGGGUCAAAUGAAACUGUACAUCGCCGACGGAAACCCGCACUGUAUUAAAGUGCUGGCGGCUCUGGAGCUCACCGGAGGGAAAUGUGACAUAGAAGCGGUCAGCCACGAGGUGAAAGUGGUCCCUCACUUCAGUCACCUGUUACCCGUCCUGCUGUUACCCGACGGACAGCAUCUCUUCAGCCCCAACAGCAUCUGCCAAUACCUGUUUGACAUCAGCGGGCAGACGGCGACCGACGCAGACGUGUGUCAGUGGCUGGAAUGGGAAGCAACCCACUUACAGCCUGCAGUGCUGCAGUCUCUCCAGCUGGUGGCGCUGCAGGGGAAGCGAGCCGAAGCCGCUGCUGUGAUGAAGGAGCCUCUGAACUGGCUGGAACAAAGCCUGAGCAAGAAAAGCACGCCGUUCCUGACAGCGGAGGCCGUGUCAGUGGCGGACGUGGUCCUGUGGGCGGCGCUCUCUCCUCUUCUGUCUGACUCCGCUGUGGACGUCGGUGACCUGCGGUCCGUGCGGGCCUGGUUCGAGCGGGUCGGAGCUCUCGAGGCGUGCCAGGCGGCCGCUCGCAGGGUCUCGCAGGGAAAAGGCGUUGAGGUCUUCAAGGCUUUCCUCCAGAAACAGACGCUCUCACAAGCGCCGCGGCGGGACAGUCCCACCAACGAGGCCGAAGACGGCGAGCAUACGCUGACGGCGGAGGAGAUCGAAGAAGCGGCUCAGGUCUGGUCUGAAGGACUCGCAUCUUCUCCUGCAGUCAGUCCCGAGAGGAAACACCCCAUUCUCCCUCAGGAAGGAAAGAGAAAUGUUCUGCUCACCAGCGCCCUGCCGUACGUUAACAACGUGCCACAUCUGGGCAACAUCAUCGGCUGUGUGCUCAGCGCCGAUGUCUUCGCCAGAUACGGCCGUUUGCGCGGCUGGAAUGUGCUCUUCGUCUGCGGUACGGAUGAGUACGGGACGGCGACGGAGAACAAGGCUCGUGAGGAGGGUCUGACGCCGCAGGAGAUCUGUGACAAAUACCACGUCGUCCACGCAGACAUCUACCAGUGGUUCCAGAUCGACUUCGAUUUCUUCGGUCGCACCACCACCGAGCAGCAGACCAAGAUCGCUCAGGAUAUCUUCUGGCGUCUGCAUGAGCGGGAUUUUCUGCUCGAGGACACGGUCGAGCAGCUGCGCUGUGAAAGCUGUCAGCGUUUCCUGGCCGAUCGCUUCGUGGAGGGCGAGUGUCCUCACUGCCAUUACCCAGAAGCCCGCGGGGACCAGUGUGACAAGUGUGGCCGUCUGAUCAACGCCGUGGAGCUCAGGAAUCCACAGUGUAAGGUGUGCAAAGAGACGCCGGUGAUCCGCUCCUCUAAACACCUGUUUCUGGACCUGCCCAAGCUGGAGGACGAGCUGGAGAAGUGGCUCAGUAAGUCGACAGGCUCCGGUGACUGGACAGCAAACGCGAAGCACAUUACACGCUCGUGGCUCCGUGACGGUCUUAAACCGCGCUGCAUCACGCGUGACCUGCGCUGGGGAACACCGGUGCCUCACGACGAGUACAAGGACAAGGUGUUCUACGUCUGGUUCGACGCUCCUAUUGGCUACCUCUCCAUCACCGCUAACUACACCGACCAAUGGGAGAAGUGGUGGAAGAACCCUCAGCAGGUGGAGCUCUAUAACUUCAUGGCGAAGGACAACGUUCCCUUCCACAGCGUAGUCUUCCCUUGUUCGCUUCUCGGAGCUCAAGACAACUACACCCUGGUGAAUCACCUCAUCGCCACCGAAUACUUGAAUUACGAGGACACUAAGUUCUCCAAGAGCCGCGGCGUCGGUGUGUUCGGUGACAUGGCUAAAGACACGGGCAUCCCGUCAGACGUCUGGCGCUUCUAUCUUCUGUAUCUGAGGCCCGAGGGACAGGACUCGGCUUUCUCCUGGAGCGACAUGGCCCUCAAGAACAACUCUGAGCUCCUCAACAACCUCGGGAACUUCAUCAACAGGGCCGGGAUGUUCGUCAGCAAGUUCUUCGACGGCUGCGUUCCUGAGAUGCUCCUGAAUGAAGAUGAUAAGCGUCUCAUCGCUCAGGUCCGCUGGGAGCUCAAGCAGUACAUCCAGCUGCUGGAUAAAGUCAGGAUCCGUGACGCUCUGAAGUGUAUCCUCAACAUCUCUCGUCACGGGAAUCAGUACAUCCAGGUUAACGAGCCCUGGAAGAAGAUCAAAGGAGGAGACGGCGACAGGAAGCGUGCGGGGACGGUGACCGGCGUGUCGGUGAAUGUAGCGUGUCUGCUGUCGGUGCUUCUGGAGCCGUACAUGCCGUCCGUCAGUCACACCAUCCGCCAGCAGCUGCAGGCUCCGCCCACCUCCGUCACCUCCAUGCUGAGGAACACAGGAACCUUCGUCUGCACGCUUCCCGCCGGACACCGCAUCGGCACGGUCAGUCCUUUGUUCCAGAAGUUGGAGAACGAACAGAUCGAGGUUCUGAGGAAGAGGUUUGGAGGACAACAGCCAGAAGAGGAGAGCGCUGAAGAGAAGACUCCGAGUUCCAGCAGCGCCGCAGUCGAGAGCAAACCCAAAGACGCUUCGGUGAAUGUAAACGCAGAUCCAGAGAGAGCCAAACAGCUGACGGCUUUAGUGGCAGAACAAGGAAAUAAGGUACGAGUCCUAAAAACUCAGAAAGCCGAGAAGUCUGUUAUCGACAAAGAAGUCGAGACAUUGCUGGACCUCAAAAAACAACUUUCUCUCGCGGAGGGCAAGAACCCGGAGCCGGCCGCUCAGAAAGGGAAGAAGAAAUAAAAAGGUGAUCACGAGGAAAAAUAAAAAAAAUCAUUAUACGGGAAUAUUUUCUGAACUCAUGCUGCACUAUUUACCCACUCCUAUAAAAAUACAACCUAUCCUUUUUAAAAAAAAAAAUGCCAUGAAGUCUGUUAAAUGAUCUUUUUAAAAAUGCAAUAAAACCAAUGUUUCUCAUCGUC